AUGAUUCAUACCUUCUCCUUAUCUUUACUAAAGCAUUAGCAAUAGUUUAUAUACCACCUACUGAAUUAUUGAAGUUUCUCUUUAUCCUCUCUAAUACAAUGUCUUCCAUAAACUAUAUCUUUCUCAUAUUUUGCUUGUUCAAUCUAGAAACACAUCUAGUAUCAGUUCAUUCUUCAUCUAGUGAUGUUCCAAUCAAUGUAACCAAACACUUCUCCUUCCCAAACUUCAUCAAUAACCCCAAAAUACUUCAUGAUGUAAAGCUUCUAGGAAGUGCAAAGUUCUCAAAUGAAAAGGGUUCACUUCAAAUCCCAAAUGAAUCACAAGACACAGGUAUAAGACAUCAAGCAGGUAGAGGUUUAUAUUCCUUCCCAAUCCGUUUGUUAGAUCCAACUACAAAAAUACCAGCUUCUUUUCAAACCACCUUUUCAUUUCAGCUUAAUAAUUCAACUACUGAUGUAAAAAGUGACUAUGGUGGUGGUAGUGGACUUGCCUUCAUUAUAGUACCUGAUGAAUUUACUGUUGGAAGACCAGGUCCUUGGCUUGCUAUGCUUAAUGAUGCAUGUGAGAAUGAUUAUAAAGCAGUUGCAAUUGAGUUUGAUACUAGAAUGAAUCAUGAAUUUGGAGAUCCAAAUGAUAACCAUGUUGGCAUUAAUUUAGGUACUAUAGUAUCUGAUAAAAUUAUCAAUCUUUCUGAUUUUGGUGUGUCCCUUAAAGAUGGUUUUGUUCAUCAUGCUUGGAUUAACUAUGAUGGUCCUCAAAAAAGAAUGGAAAUUUUUCUUGGACUUGCUAAUCAAGAAGUUAUUCCUACUAAGCCUAUUUUCUCAGAAAUUAUGGAUCUUUCUCCUUUUCUAAAUGAGUAUAUGUUUGUAGGAUUUUCAGCUUCAACAGGUAACCAUACCCAAAUUCAUAAUAUACUUUCUUGGAACUUUAGUUCCACUAGCCAAGCUUUUCUUCACUACCCUUCAUCUGAAACUUGUCAAGGUAAGAUCUUGCUUGAGAAUACUUCCACAGAAACAACAGCUACUACCAAGAAGUCUAGUAAGGACGAAACUCCGCGAAGCUUUUUGAUUUUCGUGGCUGCUGUAGUAUUGUCUUUGGUUGCUUUAAUUUGUUUUUACUUUAUCAGUAAGUAUAGAAGAAGUGCUGCUAAAUCAAAGAGUUCAAUAGAUGAAGAGAUUCAUAGGCCAAGGCCUCCUAACAAACCACGGCGCUUCGCUUUUUCCGAACUUUCCUCUUCGACUAGAUCAUUCAGUGAGAUAGAGGUACUUGGAAGUGACUUAAGAGGAGUGUACUUCAGAGGAAAGCUUGGUAAUGGAAACCAAGUAGCAUUGAAAAGAUUCUCAACUCAGUUUCUCAACACGCACGGGGCGGAUAAGAAGCGUUUGUUGAAGGAAAUCAAAGUCAUCAGCCAUGUUCGCCACCCGAAUUUACUUCCUAUAAAAGGCUGGUGUCAAGACAAAACCGAAAUCAUCGCAGUCUACGAGUUUGUCCCGAACGGUAGUCUAGAUAAAUGGCUAUUCGGGGCUGGUGUUCUUCCGUGGACACGGAGGUUCAAAGUCAUUAAAGACGUAGCCGACGGCUUGAGUUUCCUUCACAAUAAACAACUAGCACAUAAGAACUUGAAAUGCAGUAGUGUGUUUCUUGAUGUCAGCUUCCGAGCUGUAUUGGGAGACUUUGGGUUCGUUCUAAUGGGAGCAGAGUCGAAACAGUUUGAAUUAGCAGUGUGUAAUGGCGCUGAUGUGUUUGAGUUUGGUAUUUUUGUGUUGGAAGUGAUAGGUGGAAGACCAAGAGUGGAAGAAAUGGAUGAAGAAAAACAAGAUGAGAGGAACUUAUUGGAUUUUGCAUGGAAUUUGCAUGAGACUAAUGAGAAAGUGAAGCUAGUAGACAGAAGAAUGGGAUCAUUGAUCAACUUGGAGCAAGCAAUUCAUGUUAUGGAAAUUGGGUUGCUUUGUACUUUGAAUGAGAACAAAGGAAGACCUUCUAUGGAACAAGUUGUGGAGUUUCUUCAUGACAUGGAGAAGCCUAUUCCUGAAUUACCAAGAACUCGCCCUGUUGCUUUGUUUCCUUAUAACAGUGCCAACACUGGACUUUGCAAUAAUUACUCCUGCAGUUUGAAGCUGUGAUAUGAUGUUACUAGAAGGUGAUUCUGUGUUGGUGGCUUGUGUGGAGAGUAUAUCAUUCUUCUUAGGCUUGCAAGUUAGAACAAUGUUUUAGAUUUUAGAGUGAUGUGUGAUUGUCAUGAUAUUUGAUAAAUAUUGUAUUUUAUUAUUCUUGGAGAGUGUAAAGAUAAGGCUGUGAAUAUGGACUAAUGCAGGAGAAAGGGUGAUUAUGUUUUUAUUUUCAGUAUGUUUUAGAAUUUGUUUGGAAGAUUCAAACCUCUAAGGAGGAUGUUUCAUUAUUUAGAGUCUUCUUGUUAUGUGAUGUCCCAAGUAAAAAUUGGUUAUUAAUGGUAAUAAAGAAGGGGAAAGAAGUCAGUUUUAUUUCCUUCUACUAUUAUGUUA